AUUCAAGCAAAGUCGAUUGCGAUAAUUCAAAUAUUCUCCUCUUACUAUUAGCAAGAAAACAAGAAAAAUCUCUAAACCGUGAUUCUAGUCCUCUCCUUUCUUACAGCCCCUAAAAAUUUGCCCUCAAUCUGCAACUCCCUUUGUCCUUACCUUAAAACAGUUGCUUCCUCCAACCUUAAAAGGCCCACACCAAAAAUAAAAGUUGAAUCUUCAUCCCUAAAAUUUGAAUUCAACACGAAGCAGAAGUGGGUUCCUGGAUUCACCUCAUAAAGAUUCAAUCUUGGUAUGUUUGUAACCCCUUCUCGAUUUUCCUGCUUUUUUCUGUGUAAAGAUUGGAUUUUUGUUGAGUAGUUUGUGGAAAGAUCUAGUCUUUUAUUGAAUCUAGUGGGGAGAAAGGGAAAAAUGAGGGAUUUUCCUUCUUGUUUUGGGGAGAAUGGAGUUCAGGUUGCUGAUGCUUCUUGUUCUAGUGUGAGUGGGACUAAACCCUCUCAGAAUUCUGUCACGUGCGUGUAUAGAUGUAAGUUCUUUGGCAAAUCUUGUCUGAUUAGUAUUGUUUGGAGCAAGAAUUUAAUGGGGCAAUGCCUGAGUGUUGAGAUAGAUGAUGCAUUUCAUCAAUGCUUAUGCAAAGUAGAUGUGAAGCCCUCUCUGUUUUCAAAGAGGAAAGGAUCCAAGAAUCUAGAAGUGAAUUCCAGUAAAAUUGAGAUAUUUUGGGAUCUUUCCAUGGCAAAAUUCGGGCCCGGGCCGGAGCCGGUGCAGGGCUACUACAUUGCAGUUGUGUGGAAAGGGGAUAUGGUUUUGCUAGUUGGGGAUAUGAGGAGGGAAGCACUCAAGAAAACUGGAGCAGUUGCUUCACUUUCAAGUGCCAUUUUCAUUUCAAAAAAGGAGCACAUUUCUGGAAAAAGGGUUUUUGGCACAAAGGCACAAUUCUCAGACAAUGGCCAGAUUCAUGACCUCAAGAUCGAGUGCGACGCUAGCUGCAGCGACGAUCCGUCCCUCUUGGUUCGUGUUGAUGCGAAAACGGUUAUGCAAGUGAAGCAUCUGCAGUGGAAGUUUCGCGGGAACCACACCAUCUUUGUUGAUGGCUUGCCGGUGGAGGUGUUUUGGGAUGUGCACAACUGGCUGUUCGGCCCGAGCCUUGGCAAUGCUGUGUUCAUGUUCCAUAGCAGUUUGUCCGCGGAAAAGAUGUGGAGCACCGGGAGCCCUUCAAUGUGCGACUCACCGGCCUUUUCUUGGAGCUGUUCGGAGAGUUUGAGGGAGCCUAAUAUGCCAGGUCUUGGCUUCUCAGUUUUCUUGUAUGCUUGGAAUAAAGAUUGAACUUUUGCUGGUUUUAGUAUUUUUUCCAAAGCCUGUGGUGAUUCUUUGAGGUCUAUUGAUGAGUUCUUCUGUGUAUAGAAAUUCUAGCAUGAUCAUGAAAUUGGACAAUACAGUACUAGGUUGAUUUAGGGUAUGUCUUGAAUUAUUUAUUGGAGGAUUGAUACAAUUCUUGAUACUUGAGAAUUCAAGAACUUGAUUAUGGGCCAUGUUCUUGAUGGCAAUUGUGAUGCCUUUUUGACUAUGCUACAUUAAUAUGUGUACUACUAGUACAAUUUAUUAGCCACAUUUGCCUUUUGAUGUUUUUACA